CGCCACCACCGCCUCAGCUCCGCCCGCCAUCGCCGCGUGCGCAGGCGUGCCAGGGCGGAAAGGCGGUGGCGGCAGCGGGAGAUGGCGGCGGCGGCGCGCGAGUGCAACGCGGCGGAGAUUGAGUCGCACCUCAGCAAAAAGUGAGGGUGGGCGGGUGGUCAGGUGGGCCGGGCCGGGCCGGGGAGGUGAAGGUGAAGUGUGUCCGGCUGCCCCGGUGCGUGUCUCCGUCAAGGCGCCCGUCGAAGCGCCAUGCUGAGCCCCGGCGCUGCGCGGCUCCGCAGCUGGGUCUGGAGGGCCGCGCCCGCGCUCCGAUGGCAGCAGGCGCUUCAUGACCAAAGCAGUGAGCUGAAGAGACGUUUAAAGGCUGAGAGAAAAACAGCUGAAAAAGAAGCAAAGCAGAAAGAGCAAAGUGAAAAGCAUUCAAAUAAGCCUUCCUUGACUUCUGAGGAUAAUAUUGGUACUGAUGAGGAGAGCUUGGAUCCAAAUCAAUACUACAAGAUCCGUAGCCAUGCAGUCCAACAGCUUAAGGGCUCCAGUGAAGAUCCCUAUCCCCACAAGUUCCAUGUUGACUUGUCUCUCUCAGAUUUUAUAGACAAGUACAGUCACCUGCAGCCAGGAGAUCACCUGACAAACAUUACAGUGAGAGUGGCAGGUCGAAUCCACGCAAAGCGUGCUGCUGGAGGGAAACUGAUUUUCUAUGAUCUUCGGGGUGAAGGAGUCAAGUUGCAAGUCAUGGCAAAUUCCAGCCUCUACAAAUCCGAGGAAGAAUAUUUCCGUGUUAACAGCAAGCUGCGUCGUGGAGACAUUAUUGGUGUAGAGGGGAAUCCUGGGAAAACAAGGAAAGGAGAACUGAGUAUUAUUCCUUAUGAAAUCACUCUCUUGUCUCCAUGCCUGCACAUGUUGCCUCAUCUUCAUUUUGGUCUCAAAGAUAAGGAAACCAGAUAUCGUCAGAGAUACUUGGAUUUAAUUCUUAAUGAUUAUGUGAGGCAGAAAUUUAUAACUCGUGCAAAGAUCAUAACUUACCUUCGUAGCUUCCUAGAUGAGUUGGGCUUUCUUGAGGUUGAAACUCCUAUGAUGAAUAUAAUUCCAGGUGGAGCUGUGGCAAAACCAUUUAUCACAUACCACAAUGAACUGGAUAUGAAUUUAUAUAUGAGAAUUGCUCCAGAACUUUACCAUAAGAUGUUGGUGGUUGGUGGUCUGGACAGAGUAUAUGAAAUUGGGCGUCAGUUCCGGAAUGAAGGAAUAGAUUUGACUCACAACCCUGAGUUCACAACUUGUGAAUUUUAUAUGGCUUAUGCAGACUACCAUGACUUAAUGGAAAUUACAGAGAAGUUGCUUUCAGGGAUGGUGAAACAUAUUACUGGGAGUUAUAAGAUCACUUACCAUCCAGAUGGUCAAGAUGGACAGGCUUAUGAGAUAGAUUUUACUCCUCCCUUCCGGCGAAUUAGCAUGGUGUGUGAUCUGGAAAAUGUCCUAGGAGUGAAGUUUCCAUCAACUGAGUGUUUUGAAACUGAAGAAACUCGCAGGUUCUUUGAUAACCUUUGUGUGGAGAGAAAUGUUGAAUGUCCACCUCCCAGGACAACAGCCAGGCUUCUUGACAAAUUAGUUGGUGAAUUCCUGGAAGUCACUUGUAUCAACCCUACAUUCAUCUGUGAUCACCCACAGGUCAUGAGUCCGCUUGCCAAAUGGCAUCGCUCUCUUCCGGGCCUAACAGAACGCUUUGAACUCUUUGUAAUGAAGAAGGAAGUGUGUAAUGCAUACACAGAACUUAAUGAUCCUUUCCGACAGCGUCAGCUUUUUGAGGAUCAGGCCAAGGCAAAAGCUGCAGGUGAUGAUGAAGCCAUGUUUAUUGAUGAAAACUUCUGCACUGCACUGGAAUACGGUCUUCCUCCUACAGCUGGCUGGGGCAUGGGAAUUGAUCGCUUGACCAUGUUCCUUACAGAUUCCAGUAACAUCAAGGAGGUACUGCUCUUCCCAGCCAUGAAACCGGAGGACAGCAAGAAGGAGGCGCAGCCCGCCGAGGGCACCUCUGUGUGAGGCUCCAGACCGCCGCGGGCACCUCCGCGGGAAGCCCGAGCGCGGCGAGGGCACCUCCGCUUGAGCUUCGGAGCGGCGCAAACCUUUAAUAAAGGCAGCUUUCUCUGCA